GAUUUCUUCUGUAAUUCCUAUAACCCUAUACAAACAGACCUGACAUAUAUAUAUAUAUAUAUCUGUUGAUUACAUCUCAAAGACUCUAACCAUGAAUAUUGUCUUACUAAGAUUACUUCUAUUUGUCUCAUAGGUCUGUUGGUCAAUCUAACAAUUGAAAGCUGCAAUUUUAUUUUCUGGAGAGACGUCCUAUGGAGAAAAUAAGACAAAAGGCAUUGUAAUGUAUCUCCACGGUUUGUCCAAGGACGAAAUUUUGUGCAAGAAACGUUUUGAAUCGUAUGAAGAAAGUUCUAAGAAAAAUCAAAUUAGAAUGGUCACUCUUUUUGGGCAGCAGGUGUAUACAGCAAGAGACGAGAGCUUUGUGUCGUGUAAUGAGCAGGUGAAUAGAAACUGCCUUAAUCCACUGAUGGAAGAUUGUGAUCUUCAACUUCCUGAAAAUCAUGAAAGCGUCGAAUACCGAGAAUUCCACAGCAUUGGUUCUUCCCAAGAUAGCAUAGAUUUGAGGAUUGAAGCAUAUGGCACAAAUUUGUGUGGCAAGAAAAGUGAGAAAGUGAAUAUUUCAGAUGGAUCAUGUUUGCUGGAUCUUAAUAAACCCCCGGCUUACGAGCCGGUUUCAAUUGAUCAUCAAUGCGGUUUAGAUGGUGUACAUGAAAAAGAUUGUUCAGCAUCUCCAGCUUCAUGUUGCACCGCAGAAAACAAUUCAAGGACUGAAGGAGAAGAUUCGUGUGAAGUAAUUCAAAUGGCAGCUGAAUGUUUAGUCCACAUCUCAGCUGUUUCUCAUAAUCAAAGUCACGGUGUCCAAGAACCGGGUCGUUCUUGCGAUUCAUUUGAGCUACAUACUUUAGAAAUAAGAGAAACUGUCCCUGAAGAGCUCUGUUGUGUAUCAUCAAAGGCCAUAUAUGACUUCAGUAAGAAGAAAGAGUUUGGAGUCAAGCUGAGAAGAGGGAGGAGAAUGAAGAAUUUCCAAAAGGAGAUACUCCCGGAGCUUGUAUCGCUCUCUAGACAUGAGAUUCGAGAAGAUAUUAACCUCUUAGAGACGGUUUUUAGAUCGAGAGAUUACAAGAAAAUGCAGGGGAAGACUAAAGAUGGAAAAUGCAAACCAAACCUGAGAAACACCAAAGGUUUGACUCAAACGUAUGUAGGUAAAAGAAGGAGAUGAUGAAAUUCACGGUGCUUGAGGUCUUAUAGACAUUUGCUCUAGCUCCAUUGGUUUAGCUUUAACAUAUAGCAGUUUUCAAAAUCAUUCACUAUAUUGAAAGUUAGAGGAGGAAGUUGGAACUUUGUUCGAGUC